AGAACAAGACAAGAAAACUGAAAGAGAACAAGAAAAGAAAACUGAAGGAGAACAAGACAAGAAAACUGAAAGAGAACAAGAAAAGAAAACUGAAGGUGAACUGGGAAAGAAAACAGAAGAAAAGACACCUCUGCCAAUGCCUGUUAAACCUGAAGUUAGUGUCUCCUCUCUUUGUGAAGAUAUAAAAGCAAAGAAAGACAAAUUGCAAAAAGAGAAAAUUCUGCAGGAGGAAGAGAGAGACAGAGGAAAGUUUGGGUUCAGUGAAAAGUUUGAGGUUAAGAAAAAAGAGAGUGUGUGGGACAAGUUGAACAAACUGAAAGAAGUUAAAGAGGAAGCAAAGGAACUCCAUAAAAGAGGAGCAGAAACAUCCAAAAAGGAAGUGCCCGAGAGCAAAGAUCUGAUUGGAGGCUAUAAGCCCAGUGUGGCAAAACCUGGAUCUGAUGUGCAAAAGGUAAUACCUGAGAAGGACAAGAGUUCAGAGGCCAUGAAAGAGGAGAAGGAAAGUUCUCAAAUGGCUAAACCGAACACAGACAAAUCCUCAAUCAAGGUUAGUGAAUCUUUACCAAAACUUGGAGAUAAGCCAGCAACUGCUUCAAGUGGUGAUAAAUUGACUGAAGGACUCAAAGGCACAAUGCAGGAGUCCCAGAAGCCAUCUAGUGUAAGUACCAUUGUCAGUCCUUCAACUGUGCUAUUAAACACUCCCUCCAGUACCUUACAAGCUGAUAAUACUAUGACUGCAUCCUUGAAAAAACCACUAGCUGUUUCUCCGACAAGAGACGAAAGUACUCAUGAGCCUCCACAAAAGAAAUUAAAGGUGGAAGAUAUUAAACCUCUUGAAUCUCAGAAAAGUCCUCCCAUUGAGGAGCACAAAAACGUAACUCAGAUCUGUGACUCAGUAGGCAAAGGGGGACAACUUUUAAGUAAGCCAGAUUCUGCACCAAGCAGUACACAGUCUGAGGUUAAGCUUAGUGUGAAAUCAGAAACAAGUGGAAGUAGCUUUCCUUCUACAGAAGGUAAACAAAUACCUUUUGAUAAAGAUUCUGAUAAAAUAAAAAAUGCUACUGAGCCAUUAAAAAGUGAAAAUCUAGUUGUAGAUACAAAGAAAGUUCAUUCUGAUACAGACAAAAGUCUGUGCAAGCCAGUUCAAAAUAUUAAUUCUGAAAGUGCAAAAGUAGAUCAGGAAAAGGUAGAUACAAAUAUUCCAAGUGCAAGUAACACAUCACAUAUGAAAGAUGAAACUAAGAAAAGCAAUGAAGAAGUUAGUAAGUGCAUACCAGUGUUGGAGGGAAGUAAAAGUGAAGGGCAGAAAGAUUUAGUUGGAGAAGAAAAAAUGGAAGUGGAGCCAUCCAGUUCAGACAAAGAAAGAAAGACCACCAAUGUAUCUCCCGAAACCGACACAGGUGCUUUACCAGUAAAGGAUGAAAAAAUGGAGGUGGAAUCAAGUGAGCCCAAACCUUGUGAACCUCCAGACAAAACUGGAGUUCAUGAUGAAAAGAAAUCAACUCUUGAAGACUCAAAGAUGGAAGUUGAUGAGGCAGUCCUAAAGGAGCAGCCAUCACAGAAAGACUCAGCUAGUGAUGCAAAAAUGGAUGUUGACAAGAAACCAAGCGAUUCAACAGAUAAAAACAGUGCAAAACCCAUAGGACCAGAACCUGAAGUAGGGGAAGCAAUCACAGAACCUGUCAUGUUGGUGAAGGGGGAUGGUGAAGGUGCUGCUUGUGAGGCAGGAAACCCACUGCUGGACAGUGAUAUUGAAUGUCACACAGACUCUUCAAAGCCUUGGUGGGAGUGUUUUAGUAGAAAUGAUUGUUCAGGUGAUAGUGUAGGGGAAGCUGUAACAGAAGAAAUUAUGUAUUUCUGGGGAGAGGGCAAUGGUGCUGAUUGUGAUGCUGGAAAUAAUGGUGAUGAAACCGAAACUAAUUCUGAUGCAAAGCAAGCUGACAGUGGGGGAAGUAGUGCAGCUGUUACAGCAGAAAGUCAAGGAAACCCAACACCAAGUGAAAUAAAACCCCAAAAGGAGGUUGAUAGUUUAAGACCUGACAAUGAAGCAAAAGUAGUUGAUGGAGUUCCAGACAGUGAUGAAACAAAAGUGAAUGGAAUAAGAACUAUAGACUCAACAGAAAAAACAGAGAAAAGUUUAAGUAUGCCUGAAAAAACAGGGGAAUUGGUUGAGAAACAUAGUAGUGUUAAUGGUAAGAAAACAAAGGAAAACAGUGAUGAGUGCAAUGAUAGAAAUAAGAGUGAAGUGGAGGCAGUAAAUGAUAAAGAGGAAGUAGAAGAGGAAAAAAGUAAAUCAGAAUCAUUUGAGAAUAAAGAUGAGCUUUUGACAAAUGACAGAGAUGAAGAGAAAGAAAAUGAUGAGGAGACAAAUGAUACAGAAAAUGUCAGCAUAGAAAAAAAGGAUGUAGAAAAGGAUGAUGAUGAAUUGUCUAUAAAAGAGGAAGAGAAAAAGGACAGUGAAAGUGAAGACGAAGACGAAGACGAAGAGGAAGAGGAAGAAGAAUCUAAACCAGUUAAAAGAGGCCGCGGCAGGCCUUUCGGCACUCACAAAAAACGUCCGAAAGGCAGGGGAAGGCCACUGAGGAAGGCAACAGACCAGGAAGCCGAAGGGAGUGAUGGUGAAAUUGAAGAAGGGGAAGGGGAAGCAGACAAUGAUGGAGACGAGGAGGAAGACAAAUCUCCAAGCAAAAAGAGAAGACAACGAGGGAAAGGCAGCACUGCACGGCCAUUGCCUGAUGUUCCUAGACAGAGGUCAGCACGUAUUGCUAAGAUAAGAGAGAAAGAGGAAAUGGAGAGAAGAGAGCUGGAAGCUCAACGAAUGAAACAGCUGGCAGAAGAAAAUCGGCUGAAGGAGCUCAAGAGGAAGGCCAGAGAAGAGAGACGAUCACUAAGGGAACUGAAGAAAGGAAGGCGGGAAAGGAAAGAGAAAAAGGAUAGAGAAAAAAAGAAAAAGAAAAAGAAAAAGCGGGGAAAGAAGAAAAGAGCUCAUCCAAAUGAUCCGUGGGAAAACUCCUCAACUUCAUCCAGUUCAAGUACUGAGGAAGAGGAAGAAUAUGACCUAGAAGAUGAAGAAGAUGAAAAUCUUGUGUUCAAGAGUGACCAUGAAUUUUCUCCAGAAUCAGAUGUUGAAGAGGCUGAUGCUCAGCCAAUUAAAAGAGCAAGAACAGCAAAGAAAGUCACAAGUGAAAGUGAAGUUGAGGACCAACCAGAGGAGGAAGAAGAGGAGGAAGAGGAAGAGGAGGAAGACCAAACCCAAUGUACAAAAUGUGGCCAUGAUGAUCAUCCCGAGACCAUCUUACUCUGUGACAAUUGUGAUGCAGGCUGGCAUCUUUCCUGUCUCCGCCCACCUCUUCUUAGCGUUCCCGAAGGGGACUGGAUUUGCCCCUCUUGUGAACAUGUUCUGCUCGUCAGCAAGCUGAAAAACCUCCUAAAUGAAUUUGAUGAGUGCCAGAAACGGGCUCACAAUGAAGAAUUAAGAAGACAGAGACUUGCAUAUGUCAGUGUUUCAAUGUCUAAUGUCCUGCCUGAGGAUAAAAAGAAGAAGAAGAAGCGGACAGAGGAUGGGGAAGAAGAUGACGAGGAUGAUGAGUCCGGAAGCGAAUCGGAUUCAGAUGAAUCAGACAGUGAAAGUGAUGAUGACAGUAGUUCAUCUAGUGAGAGUUCAUCAGGAUCCUCAGCUCCUCUUUACACUCUAAGAGCCCGCAGUGCUCGAACCUUAAGGGAACAGGUUGAGGACUUUGAUGAAAUGAUAAAUGAAGCCAUCAGGGUAAGUAGUGUAUCGAGUCCUCAACCCAUCGGAUCCAGUUGCAUCACGGCAAUCACAUCACAAAAAAUCCAGGAUGAAAUGGAAGCAGCAGCAGGAGCAGGGAAUGCGGGCAGAGGGAAAGACAUCGACAACAUCAUCCAAGCAAAUGAUGAAGAGAUGAUGGAAACAGAAGAAGCAGUCAUGGAUGAAGAUGUGAAAGAUGACGCAGAAUGGGAGGGUAAAGAAUGUGUUGAUGGCCAUGGGAAGUUGAAAGAGGAGGGAGAAGAUGAGGAAAAUGAGACUGAGGAAAAUAAGCAAGAUGAAGAGGAAGAGGGAGAAGAAGAUAAGAUGAAGGAAGAAGAAGAAGAAGAGGACGAGGAGGAUGUUGCUCCUAAGAGAAAGAAGGCCAAACCACCACCAUCAUCAGAUCAUGAUGGUAGUGGCAAUGAUGAGGACUAUCAUGAGAGUGAUGAGCAAAAUGAAGAGGAUUCAGACUCAGAUGACAUGAAAAAUGUAAGAAAACGAGGGAGGAAAAUGUCAAACUUAGUAGUAAAGAAGAAGCGACGGCUAACAGACUUAGAUGCUGUUGAUGAAGAUGAUGCCAGUGAUGAAGAUUUCAUAAAUACAAGUGAGGAGGAGGAAGAGGAGACCGAGGAGUCAGUGGAAUCAUCAUCAUCUUUGGCAACGGAGGUGGAGAGUGAUGACUCAGAUGUUGUUGGUUCAAAGAGAAGACGUAGCAGUAGAUGGGAGAACUUGCCACUGCGUCGUUCUGCUCGUAAUCGACGAGGUGGAGAUGAUGAUGAUAGUGAAAUGGACGAAAGAGUUUCUAAAAAACAGAAGAAUAAAAAGAAGAAGAGACGAAAACAGAGUUCCAGUGAAGAAGAUGAGGACGAACUUAGUUCAGAUAGUGACAAAAGUUAUAGAAGGAGAAAGAAAAUAAGGAAGAGACCCCAGGCAAAAGUCAAAGGUCGCAGAGGUUCAAAUAAAGCCAGAGGUGGAAGGAAAAAUGCAAAAUCUAAACAGAAACAGAAAGCUAAAACCCCAACAGGAGAUGAUAAAGAAAAGAAACCAAGAAUAAAGUACUCAAAACCACCCAAGCCAAAAGACGAAGAUCAAGAAGAAGAAACUCUUGCUCAGCGAAGAGUGACAAGAGGACGACAAGUUAACUACUAUGAUGCUCUCCUCAUGUCAGAUGAAACCGAAGAGGAAGAGGUGGGUAACAAGCCCCAAAAGAAAUGGAGAGGGAAGGUGAUGAAAGGAGAACGUGUCCCAACAGAGAGCAGUGAAUAUGAAGCUUCCGACGAUGAAAGAAUGAAACGCCGAGGAGUCAGUGGUGGCCUUGGCCGGGGCAAAGUCAUGAAGGGAGAAGAAGAGGAUGAGGAGAAUAAGUCAAAUAAAGGAAAAAAGAAAAGAGGUCGACCAAAGAAGGAUGAGUUAAUUGGAAAGCCUUCCCCGACUAGACCAUCCACGAUCCAACCUACACCAGUUACUACUGUAGCAUCAGCAACAUUGGUACCCUCUGCUCCAUCUGCUCCAGCUGCUCCAGCAGUUCCGUCUGCUCAAGCAACUCCAUCUGUUCCAGCUGUCCCAGCUGUACCAUCUAUACCAUCUGUACCUGCUGCUGCCUCUCCUAUUCACCACACUCCAGAACCUGUGGCAUCUGGCACCCCACCUCCUACAAACCCAGCUACUUUACAAACUAACACAGCUUUGCCAACUACCAUAGCAGUUUCUUCAAACAUUGUUGCUGCAGCUAUGGGAAGCAAUGCAGCUCCAGUUAAUUUAGGAAAUAAUAGUCCUGGUCAUCAACAACCUUUAGGUAAAUGGUCUCCUCAUUUGUCUGGCGUCAGUGGUGCUCCAGGGACACCUCCUAGGUCAGGGAUGGGUCCCUCUCCUGGUGCAGGAACACCACCAACCCUCCCUGGUUUGUCUGGGGCUCCUGUUACAGCUUCACCACCACCACCCUACAGAUCCUCACCUUUGCCAUUAACCCCUAGUGGACCAGGAUUACCUCCUGGUAGCACAGCACCUAGUAAUAUGCCCCCAGUUGGACCCCCUACAUCAACAGUGGUUCACUCACCAGGUUAUCCACCAUACAGACCUUCAGAACACUUCCCAGCUCAUCCAGCCUUCUCUGGAUAUCCUCCACCUGGCAGACAUUCUCCUAGUCCACAUGGGGUACCAUCAAGACACCCAGCACAUUUACCACCUGGACAUUCUCUUCCUCGCAUGUCUGCUGGUGCAUACGCCCCGCCGCCACACCCUAGUGGUCCGGGUCCAUAUCCCCCAAGAGGUGUUCCACCUCACCCAGGCGUAUUGCGAGGACCACCACAUGACUUAUACAGACCACCACCAUCUGGUCAUCCUGGCCAUGGAUCACCAAGUCAUCCUGGCCAUCCCCAUCUUGUGAUGAAAUCUAGCUAUCCUGGUUUAGAACCAUUACCCUAUGCUGGAUCCCCUGGCCCGAGUCCAGGUCCCAUUGGGCUUCACCAGGGAGCCCAGGGUUCACCAGCUCGGCAGUCACCCAGUGAUGACAGCAAGGACGAAAGUCUGUCUUCUAAAGGGCCUGGGGAAUUCAGUAGUGGCUUAAUGUCCUACUUUUCUAGCCAGCGUGAUGAUGAUGUUGAGUAAUGUGGAUCAUUUCAGCUUAGAAUGGCAACUCUUCUCGGCAGUUUCAUGGAGGACAUGUAUUUACUCCCUAAUAUUUUUGUAUUCUCAUUUUUGUAAGGUCUCGAGCAAUGGCGCAUAUUUCAUGUUUCAUGUUGACUUAUUCUCAUUCAUAAUGGGUACUGACAGCAGUAACAAAAUUUAUUCUGUGCAUCUUACUUUCCUGAUCAGAUUUAUGAAUUUUGUUGUUUUUGGGUUGAAGCACAAAUUGGGUUCGUGCUGUUGUGGUUUUGAGACCAGACAUUUUACCUGAAGUAAAUUAUUAGUAAAGUGCAGAGAUAUUUUAGAUAUGAUUUUUUUGUGUCUUGUAUGUGUUGUAGUGCUGUACAUAGGAAGCUUUUUGUAUUUCCUUCAAAGGAUUCUGUAAAAUAAUGUGCAAAGUUACAAAGCUAUAAUAAAACUAGGAGAUAA